AAUUGGUGUCGCUGUACAACCAGGAGGAUCUCUUUGUCUGUGUUUCGAUUGAUCAAGCUUAAGACACGUCGCACAUCGGAAACGAUCAGCUCAUGAGUCGCACAUCCCCUUGCAUGAAUCUGUGGGUCCACUUGCUGGCCGAUAUAAAAUGAAGACAGCGAUAGAUAGCAGCGGCCAGGCAUUCUCCAAUUACCACACUGCAAAAAUCUCUGAUUUGAGACACAACAGAAGUGUGAUCGAGCUGCCCUUCUUUUGUUGGUCCUCCAGCCCCAUGCGCACCUUGAUCUUCAUGUCGCGCAGCUACAUCUUCGUCUUGGUUGGGCUCAGUAGAACCAGCCGUGUCGUUGACUGGGUCAACCAGCGCCAGCAGCGGCCACUCUCCCUCUCGCCGUUUCUCUCGCCCUUUCCCAUUCCUUCGCUGUUUGUCGCUUUGUUGUUCCAGCCACAGCCGUACCGAGACCUUCAUGUGGGUGAUCAGUUGGACGUUGGUCUUGGGUGGCCGGGCUAGCCCCAUCAGGUGUGAGGCGUAGCAGCAGCGGCAGAGUCCCGUCUCCGCGAGUGCCUGAGCGGCCUUGCUCCGCCGCCGUUGCGGAGGUAGUUUCGCCAUCCAGUGCCCAUCCUCGCGGGCGUGAGGCCCUGCUCAGCCGUGACGCGGCGGGCCGGGUCGAUCUGCAACAACCUGCACACACACAUAAAGACACAUACACCAGAACAUGUGUCUGUUUGUGUGCAUGGCGUCCAUGUGUGAGUGGAGUGAGUGAACUUACCUGUGAAUGAGUUUGACGAUCGGGUCGUUGGCCUUGAUAUCAGGGCGGCCUAUGAGGUUGGCGAUGGCAGUGAGCUCUGCGGCAGUGUCCGUGAAGUUGCCGAAGGGCAGAUACUGCACACACACACACACACAUACCGACACACACAGAAACGUAUACACCGGUAUGUGUGUGUGCCACAGUUAGUCCGGCACCCACCUGCCCUUGGCUGGCGAACUUCUGCACGAGUGGCAUGCUGUUGAGUGUGUGGCGGUAGUGCUGCGGGCAGUUGAUCUUCUUGACAAUAUCGCAUAGUACCUCAAACUUCACGAAGCCACAGAGACACGAACCACACAAACGUUUCUGUCUGUCUGUCUGUCUGUUGGUGCGUACCUGGCCCUGUUCGUCGUCCGCCUUGGCCUUGCCCGCGAAAGGGUACUUGCCGCUCAGGGCCUCGACAAACAUGACGCCCACCGACCUGCCAUGCCGUCCAAGAUACAUACACCUACACACAGGUGUGUCUGGUCCACUUACCAUUCAUCUGCGAUGAGUCCGUAUGAGUUGUUGCCCCCGAGGAGCUCGGGGGGACGAAGUAGCAAACUAACCUGCUCACACCAACAACACAGACAGAGAGACAGACAGACAGACAGACAGACCGGUGCAUUUCUGUUGCAUAGACAGACUUGUGCCUUUCAUACCACGACGGUCGGGUGCUGGGGGUCGGGCGGGUCGAACAACCAAAACAGUCCUGAUUAUAAGACACACACACACACACACAGAGGGACGAGGACUGGUGUGCGAAGGAUCCAUCCACAUAUGCUGCUGAUGUGGUGGCGCACCGAAGUCGCCGAUCUUGGGCGCGCCUGUGGUCGUCAUUAGGAUGUUUUCCUUCUUCAAAUCCAAGUGCGCGACUACAUGGAAGACACAGACACACAAAGCAGUACGUGUGUAUGUAUGUGUGUCUUCGACGCAUACCCUUUUUGAUGUGCAUAUGGCGGAGCCCAUCGAGGAUGCCCCUCCCCUUGUCCAACACCGUGUCGACCUUGAUGCCUGCACAUACGCACAAACAGAAGAAAAGAGAGGCAUACACAAUAAUGCGCAUCGUGGAGGUGUGUGUGUGUGAUGCACCCACCCACCUUGGAGCCCGAGUGUCUGUGCCUUGGCGCGCUCUUUCCUGAGCCACCCGGCCAUGUCGCCGUCCAGCAGCUCAGUGAACAGGUAGGCCGGGCCGUUCGCGUCGGGCUGAUACACGGUGUGAAUUGUCUGGAAGAGGGAGGCGUGAGAAACGCCUGAGCAGAACAGGUCACAUUUUGCAAAAACUCAUUUCCAGAACACUUAUAGAGAGACACUGGCAAUGCUCCACAGUGCAGACAAGUCGGUUGGCCGGGUGCGGUAUGGAUGAGGCGGCAGAUGGGCACAAUGCAGCACUUGGUCCACACGUGCAGCCGAGUGCGCAGCUCGGGGCACGGCUGGGGGGCCCAGAUGGCGAUGAGUGUGUGGAUGUACAACCACUCGUACUGACAGAGAGAAAGGAACCACACACAGCAGACACACACACAGGGAAUGAUCCGAGUGCAUUCAAUUCAUGUGUGUGUCUGGUGUGCCGUUUCUGCGCUUACAUUCCACUCUCUGCUGUGGUGCGCAACUCGUCAUUGGUCAUCUGAAGGUACUGCAUCACGAUGGGAAUAUAAUACUCGGGCAACACGGUGUACUGCACCACACACACAAGACCCACACACAAACACACCAGAGGCACAUUGACAGACGGACAGAUGCAUCAAACGCAUCCUGGCCCAUUGCUGUGUUGGUUGAUCAGGCCGUCUUUGGUUUCGCCAGGUUCUGAAAUGGCAAACACACGGCCUGGAUGGAUGGCGACGCCAAUCCGGUCCGUCACUUACUCAUGCUGCGCCUUUUCCCGCUGUGGUCCCACUUGCGGAACUCCUCCCUCAGCUGCGUCUCGAGGCGCCCCCUCUUCAACCUCCCCCCCGUCUGGGCGUGCAGGUGGUUGGCCACCGAGUAUAAGAGAUCCUCCACUGUCCUGCAGCUCGACCCCUUUUUGACUGCACACAAAUGUAAGGAAGCGAGGCUCAAGGGGCCAUGCCUCCUUGCUUUCGCGUGUCACGUUUGGUCUUCCUCUGCUUGCUGUCUUCUGCGCGCGCACACACGCACACACACACACACAAAAUAGACAAGCAUCAAGAGCGUCGUCACAUCUCACCCUCUCCUUCGUCUUCUCCUUGUCUGCACACACGUAUGCAGCCGCAGAGAACACACACCCGGGAAAAGAAUGUCCUCACACUUAAAGAGAAUCCCUCCAUUCACCCUCAAACCACUCCGCCGGCGGCUGUCUGUCCGCCCUUUUGCGUUCCUUCCCUUUCAGACGAAGCAGUAUGCAGCCUUGCAAUGAACUGGGCUGCUGCAGUGCUGUACUCUUCCUUCAGCUGGGUCUCGAGGCGCCCCCUCUUCAACCUCUCCCCCGUCUGGGCGUGCAGGUGAUUGGCCACCGAGUACAGGGGAUCCUCCACUGUCCUGCAGCUCGACCCCUUUUUGACUGCACACAAAUGUAAGGAAGCGAGGCUAAGGAACCAUGCCUCCAAUUUGCAAUUUCAUGCAUCCUUGCUCUUGCGUGUCACGCUUGGUCUUCCUCUGCUCGCUGUCGUCUGCACACACACACACACACAGGCACACAAAAUACAGUAGACUCAAUCGUGGAGACGGGAGAACGCACGGGUGGCGUCGGGUGUGGUGGGAGGUGGGGUUGUCGUCCUUGCUGCUCGUCGGCCAGCAGUGCCAUCUCUCUCUCUCGAUCAGCACCGUCAUGUGCCGCCGGGCUGUGAUCGGCAGACGUGGCGGCACAAUGGGUGGCUGCUGUGGCAGCGGAGUGGAUGGCUGCUGACAGCCCCUGUCGUCCGUCUGUGCACUGGUGAGUGGCAUGCAGCAUGGAUGGCGGAGCAGGUGCUGACGUGGAGCCAGUGCGCCCGUCUUGAAUGAAAAUCUGCCAGGGCGAAGAAACGAUUCUGGAUAAAGCUCCCAAACCGUCUCCUCGUCCCCAAAUUCUCGCCGUCUCGACUUUCUUAUUUUCUUCCUCCUCCUCCCUGUAGCACCUUCCAU